AUGUUUUUAUGUGCAUCUAUAUUCUUCCUGCAGAAGGAUCACCUGGAGCUGAUUAAAGCUCUCAUAGUUUUCGGGGCCAAUGUGGAGCAGCCAAACGACUUUGGGGAGACACCAGGACUCCUGGCAGCCCGGUCCAGCAAAGGAUCUAAUCGCAAGGUGCUGCUUGACAUGCUUUAUAACGUAGGAGCACAGCGCUGUUUUCCCCCUGAUACCCAGCUUCCUUCAGGUGCCUCCUGCUCCAUAGCAGCGCAACCCAUGGACGCAAGUAGCGGCAUAGGAUUCCAGGAUAUGAUCUAUGUGUCCACUGCACUAGGCAGCAUACUGGCAUCACGUGACACUGUGGAUUUCAUGGAAGAUGGUCUAAGAGUACAUAACAGGCUCCUAUGCUUGGAUGGAGGUGGCAUCCGUGGACUGGUUCUCAUUCAGUUGCUUAUUGCCAUAGAGAAGAUUGCAGGGCGACCCAUCCGGGAACUCUUUGACUGGGUCUCUGGUACCAGCACAGGAGGUAUUUUGGCACUGGCCAUAGUGCAUGGAAAAUCCAUGGAAUACCUCCGUUGUUUAUAUUUCCGCAUGAAGAAUGAAGUUUUCUGUGGUACACGCCCAUAUGAGUCUGCCCCACUGGAGGAGUUUCUUAAAAAAGAAUUUGGAGAACAAACAAAGAUGACAGAUGUGACGCACCCUAAGGUCAUGGUAACUAGUGCAAUGUCAGAUAGACAUCCAGCUGAAUUGCAUCUGUUCCGAAACUAUGUUCCACCCGAAACUGGCCGAGAUCCAACAUUCAAGAGUGUUGCCUCUUUCCGUCCUGUGACAAUGCCAGAAGAGCAGCUAGUGUGGCGUGCAGCUCGUUCCAGUGGUGCCGCUCCAACAUAUUUUCGCCCUAUGGGCCGUUUCUUGGAUGGUGGGCUGCUUUCAAAUAAUCCCACCCUAGAUGCCAUGGCAGAGAUCCAUGACUACAAUAAGUGCAUGAAGCGUCAGGGUCAUGGUGAACAAGUUAGGAAAUUAGGCAUGGUGGUUUCAUUGGGCACUGGAAAACCCCCCCAAAUUCAGGUCAGCUCUGUUGAUGUGUUCCGACCAUCUAACCCAUGGGAGAUUAUGAAGACUGUGGUCGGAGCAAGAGAACUAGGCAAGAUGGUGGUGGAUUGUUGUACAGAUUCUGAUGGUCCAGCUGUGAAUAGAGCCCGAGCAUGGUGUGAAAUGAUAGAUGUUCAUUAUUUCAGAUUAAGCCCACACCUGCAAACAGAUGUGAUGCUGGAUGAAGUUAGUGAUGCAGUGUUAGUUAACAUGCUGUGGGACACUCAAAUCUAUAUCUACCAGCAAAGGGAAGAAAUUCAGAAACUGGUCAGACUAUUACUUGAACCUUGA